GUUGAACGUGCCGAACGAUAAAUCGCCCUCCCGUGCCUUCUUCUUCGCGGUCGCCUUCACGCCCGCUGCGAUCUCCUGUCGCUCUCGGUCCGCCUCGCGCUGGGGGGGUGUUUUCUUCCGUUUAAUCCGAGCGGCGAGUUUCUUCGCAUCGAUCCAUCUUUGCAGGGCUCGGUGCUUGCCUGUGGUGUUUGGACGAGGAGGGUGCAGCACUUCCCCCCCGCGUCGCCCGCGGUUAUCUCCCUUCUCCCGCGAACGGUGCUUACUCGCGUGGUUUUUACGAAUCUCUCUGCUCCUCCAGCUUCGUGGGCCACGUUUUCCGCGACGGUGGUUACCAGGUGCAGUUUGCCGCUUUGCAUUGCUGCCGCGGGGACAAGGUCCACAUACACCUCUCGCCACUACCACCGUCUGUGCAUCCUCACCGCCACGCUGAGCCAGCGCGGCGGUGAGUUGCACUUUGGGACACCACCCGCCUACUAUCUGUUGUGGCCUGGUUCGCCCGCGAGGGACACACUAGGUCGAUUUCGGCCCCGGCCGGGGAGUAGUGUGUGGGCGUGUAGUUCAGUUGUGAACACGCGAACGUGCUGCAGGGAUUGUAGGUGUACCUCCUCGGGCUUACGUACCCUUUUCUUGCUAAUAGUGUGUGUGUUCCUUUGAACUUCUGAUGGCUCUAGCAUUUUUGCGACCACGGACCGAGUCUUUGCUAGAUUUUGGGAUUGGCAACUGACACGAACAACAACAACAACAACAACAACAACAACAAGGUGAGGGUAAAAUAUUUCGGGUUGAAUACAGGAACGCCCGUUCACGGUCAGCGCCGCCGGCCAGACGCACAAGCAGACAGAUCGGUUUGUGUACCUCGGACGUACCAUCUCCGCGGACGGGAAGGCCGACGUGAGAUCACAACCCGCAGCUGCCGAGCGUGGAAGUGCUACCGCCGGAACAGUGCUUCGAUGUACGACAGGCGACGGGCCAACCGCCAGCUCAAGAUCCGGCUACUCCAGGCUGAAGUGGUGGAGACUCUCCUAUAUGGGUGCGCCUCGUGGAGCCUAACAGCGGAGCACUACACGAAGCUCAAUGGGACCCACCGCCAGUUCCUUACACGGUGCAUCGGCUGGAGCAAGCGGAAACGCUCAGACCACCCCCUGUCCUAUGCCCAGGCCCUCAUCCAGGCAGGCUGCGAGGAAACCAUCGAGGACACCGUGCCCAAGCGGAGACUUGAACUGCUGCAACAACAGCAGUACCAGCAUCAACAGCUCCACCCCUACACCCACCAGCAAUACUUCCAGCCCUCGUCGGCCGCGCCCCAGGGAUACCAACAACUCGCGGGCACCCUAGGGGCGGCACCCGUCUACAAUGCCCACCGGUUCAAAGAGGCUCAAAAGCUGGAGGGUCGCACGUGGGAAAAAGAUGGCCAAGCGGUCUUGUUCCUGCUGCGAGGUGCUACCUUCUCACCGGUGCUCAUGACGGCGAGCGACGUCGACCUAAUAAUACGAGAGGUGGCCCAUCCGCAUCCGGGGUUGCACUCGCUGCUUACUCUCGGCUCCGUCGACAUCGCGGCGUUUUCGCCGCCGCGGCCCGCGGGCGUCGCGGCGGUGACCCGCACGUUCGACGUGCAUUUCUACGUUUUCGUCUCAGUCCCGAAACUCUUCAUCGAGGACGGCAUGCAGGGCGCCCCGCAAGCAGGACGCGACCGAGUUGGCCUGUUCUUCAGGGAACUCCAGCGGAUGUCGGAGGACCUCCGCCGCUACAUUUCGCGCCACUGUGCGGAAUUGAAGGGCCGCAAGGCCGACGUCUUCGCUCGCUUUAGGCAAGACGCUAACUCGGACUGGGCCGACUUCAUCAGCCGCGUGACCACCGAGGCCAGGUCGCUUCGGCAGAGCAACACUCUCGCCCCGCCGCCCCCCAACACGAUGGGGGCCAUCCAGGUACCGCAGUUUAAGAGGACACUAUUCCUGAUCUCGGAGGGUUCGGCCCACUCGAUGGCGGGCCUCAUGCAGGGGGCCCUAGCACGCCAGCAGCAGCAGCAGCAGCCGAAAGCGGCCACCACGAGCAACAAGCGCAAGGCCGCGUCACAGGCCACGGAGGCGGAAAUGGAUGCGGCCGCGGAGGUGGAGGAGGAGGGGGCGCGGGAGGAGGCCGUGGCGGUACUCAACCGCGACGGUGCGGGCCCCACUUCCUUGAGGUAG